GAAGAAUGCGCAAUGACAAUGGCAUGAAGCGUUCUUCGAGUAUGCCCAAGUUGUUGAUGAAGAAGAAAUAUAAUAUUCAUUCGAUUCCCGGCAUCAUCGUUCUAAAAGGUAAUACAAAUGAGAUAGAAAUAAAUAGAAGGAUGACUACUAGGUAGCUUACUCUUCUGACUACAAUUUCUAGAGUGAUGUAUUUUUAAAUCACUCGGAUGUGUUCCUCGAAGUGUAUCUUUCAAGAAUCCGAUAGCAUCACUGUUAAGUUAUUUCCUGUUGAACAACCAUAUAGCUUUGUGAGCUUUUUUUGUAAUUUAUCUCUAUCAACGUAGACUUUUCCACAUUACGUGAACAUUUUAAAUAUUAAAAUGUUUUUUAACCUGCUUAUCAAAGAUGGAAACUUUGUAACUUAUCAGAUUACCAUCAAUCCACAUUAAUCUGUCUCGGUGGUAAAACUGAACACAUUUUAGCGGAUUUGUCUCCACCACAAAACAAGUCGUUUUUAUCACAAGUGUUUUCUAUUUCUUUUUGCUUCUUUUCAUUUGUUGUUCUACUCCCACCACCAGGUAACCUGAUACUUUCCGGUUGGGAGGUCCUUCUUCUUUUCUUUUUAUUUGAAGAAAUUGGCGGAAAGUCUUAAAUUAUAGCAGUAGCAUGCCCUAUGCUUUCACUCUACUCUAAAUUGUUGUGGCUGAUGAUAUCAAUAUCACUAUCAGAAGUCAACAAUCUCAAUCUCUUUCUCACUUUCCGCAAUCAUAAUCACUCAUUUUCAAGCUCUAAUGUGUAAACUCUUAUCAACAAAAAGGCUUCCGAAUGAUAAAUGGAUUCUUCUCCUGUUUUUAUUUGCCUCUCACCUACCUUUUCUUCCUCAAUAUCCAUCCUCAUUCUUUCGUCAUUACACAUCUCCUCCCCAACUGAUCUACCACCAGGCAAGACGUAUUGGACCACAUAAAUAUCGGUUAAUAGGCGCCACCUAUCAUUGAUAAGGGCGUGAAAAGUGCGCCGAAGGUAGAUGAGCUUUUCAAAGCACGAUUGGAGCAAUUGGUGGUGCAUUAAAUGCGGGGAGAAACGCAAAGCCUCCAAUAUUUUUUCCAAAAAUUUAAAAUAUGUAUGCUUUGAAAAUACUAUGGCAAAUGGACAUGGUAAAAUCAAUUGUGAAAAUAUUUAAUAAAAAAAUUUUUCAAGCACUUACGGCUUCGAUUUUUAUUUCAUCAUCAUUCCCAACAAAAUCAUCAUUUCAUCAACAGUUCUCAAAUUAUAUUUAAUUUUUCAAAACCGAAUUGUGUUUAAAUGAUCACCUGUGGUGUGUUCAACCGAGUAAAAAAGAAGACGAAGCGCUUGAAUGGCAGUGAUUUAUGUUUUUUUCUAAAUCCAAGACGUGCCCAAAACAACACACAUGCAUAUCCAUAUACUGCUCACCUCAAAAAUCAAAAUUUGGAUAAAAAGUCUGUCUGCGUAAAAUUGAAAAUCUGCUGAUACUAGAAUAUUCAAGGUUGCCGAUAACUCAAAAACGAUCGUUUUUAUCACGCUAUUCUAGAAUAAAUAAUUCUGUGCACGGAGUUGUUGAAGCUUCUACAAAAUUUUCUUCAUUUUUUGAUUUAUUUUCUGCCAUCCUGUGUCUGAUGAAUUUUGAGCCGUAUUCAGUUGUUUUGGAAUCAGAUAACCCUGACUGUCCAAUUAUCAAGAUUCCGCAUUGUAAGUCGAUUUUCUUUACUACACUUCUAUUUUAAAAACAUAAAAAAAUGCUCAGUUCUUUUUUACAUUUAUCCUCUCAAAGUUAGUAAAAAGUGGUCAAGAUUCAAUUUCAACAUUGUUUAGGACGCACACUUCUGUUAUUGAAUCUUUUCUUUCCAAGAUGUUGUGCAUUCACUUUUGGCACAUUCUGAGCAUUCAUGAGCAAGGACCGAAAUAUUAUCUACUAUCGUGAUCUCUACUAUUACACUGUUAUGUUUGCAGAUGCAAACGGAAAUGAAAACGGAAACGGAAACGGAAUAAUGAAAACGCCGCAACGGGAAACUGUCGUGAGCCUGGGUUUCACGGAAGAUCCCAUUCCUCCCAACAGUUAUUGCUGCAAUUCUUGUCAUAUUCAAAAAGCGUGCCGAGCAGUUGCAGUAUUUGCCUUUUUAGGAUUUAUCAUAAACCUUGUUCUAUAUUUUAUGGGCAUCUCAAAACUCGGUCUAAACGGAUAUCUCGAAGCGUUCCUUCUUAUAUUCGACUGCAUUUCUCUGCUGACUCUGUUUUGUGGUGUCUCAAAGCAACGUUCGGGAUUGCUGAAGCCGUACUUGUUUUACAAUGUAAUAUGGAACUUUGGCAUGAUAAUUUUGUUCCUGGUUUUUGUGUACCACAUGUUGAAGGGAACUAGUGAUGUAUCGAGGAACAUCCUCGACAAUCUUAAAGCUUUGCGAUCAAAUCCAGAUGAGUAUCACUUCCGAUCAAGAGAAAGUGUUACCACUGCAAUCCUGGUCACACUGGGUGUGAUGGCUGCCAUGUCGUUUGUUAUAGUCAUAAAUUGCAUAUUUUUGCAUGUUGUCUACCGCACUUUUCAGUUUUUUGCAUACCAGGAAGACAAGAAGAGAGAGGAAAUGGAUAAAAAGGAACGCUUAUAACCUUUGCAAUGUUUUAUCUGAAAUGUUUAACCUCGUGCUUUCUAUUGAACUAUCUCUUACACACAAACAUUAUGUUGAUCUCUUAUGUAUUCCGAAUUCAUUUAAUUUCCUUCUCGGGUGCUCGUCUGAUUUUCAUUUUUAUUUUAUAUUGUGGAUUUAAAAUUUAUUCACAGUUUCAACUCUACUGCAAUAAAAAUUAUGUAU